UGUCCGUCCGUGCGUCCGGUGCGGUCCGCCGGUGUGCGGUGUGCGGUGUGCGGGUGCGGGCCGCGUCGAGGAUGACGGUUCCGUGCAGCCGCAGCGAGAGCGCCGGCAGCCUGCGGACCGCUCUGGCCGAUCUCUAUCUCGACCACUUGCUGCACCACCGCGCCAAGGCACAGACCGUUUCAUAUCCAUCCAGCGCCGUGAGCGAGGACAUAUACACCAAUGGGUUGGCCGAGCCAGACAGCCCGGCCCACGUCAACGGACGGGAGGUGCGUAAAGUUCGGCUCAUCCAGUUUGAGAAGGUCACGGAGGAGCCCAUGGGGAUAACCCUGAAGCUGAAUGAGAAACAGUCGUGCAUGGUGGCCAGGAUUCUGCAUGGAGGCAUGAUUCAUAGACAAGGCUCCCUUCAUGUGGGAGAUGAGAUCCUAGAGAUCAAUGGUACCAGUGUGACCAACCACUCCGUUGACCAGCUGCAGAAGGUCAUGAAAGAAACCAAGGGAACAAUUUCGUUAAAAGUAAUCCCCAACCAGCAGAGCCGUCUCCCCGCGCUUCAGAUGUUCAUGCGGGCGCAGUUUGACUAUGACCCCAAGAAGGACCACCUGAUUCCCUGCAAGGAGGCCGGCCUGAAGUUCAACACCGGGGACGUCAUCCAGAUCAUCAACAAAGAUGACAGUAACUGGUGGCAGGGCAAAGUGGAAAGCCCCAACGCGGAGUCAGCCUCAGCGGGCCUGAUCCCGUCACCGGAGCUGCAGGAGUGGCGAGUGGCGAGCAUGGCUCAGUCUGCUCCCAGCGAAGCUCCGAGCUGCAGCCCCUUUGGGAAGAAGAAGAAAUACAAGGACAAGUAUCUAGCCAAACACAGCUCAAUUUUUGACCAGCUGGACGUGGUUUCCUACGAAGAGGUGGUGCGGCUGCCUGCCUUCAAGAGGAAGACCCUGGUGCUGAUUGGUGCCAAUGGAGUGGGCCGCAGCCACAUUAAGAACGCACUGCUCAGCAACAACCCGGAGAAGUUUGUGUACCCCACACCGUAUACCACCCGCCCCCCAAAGAAGAACGAGGUGGACGGGAAGGAAUACCACUUCAUCUCCACCGAAGAGAUGACCAAGAACAUCUCCACCAACAAGUUCUUGGAGUUCGGCAGCUACCAGGGCAACAUGUUUGGCACCAAGUUUGAGACGGUGCAUCAGAUCCACGAGCACGACAAGAUUGCCAUCUUGGAUAUCGAGCCGCAGACCCUGAAGAUUAUUCGGACAGCAGAGCUUUCUCCCUUCAUCGUGUUCAUUGCCCCGACGGACAAGGCUGACCAGUCAGAAGCUUUGCAGCAGCUGCAGAAGGACUCGGAGAUGAUCCGCAGCAGAUACGCUCAUUACUUUGACCUCUCUCUGGUGAACAACGGCAUCGAGGAAACCCUCAAGAUGUUGCAGGACGCCUUCGACCAGGCCUGCAGCUCCCCACAGUGGGUUCCUGUCUCUUGGGUUUACUGACGGAGGCGCCUCUCUGCCCGUCUUUCAGCAUGGGGGAAACCACUGUGAUCUUCAUCUCCAUACAGUCCAGUAAGGCCCCAACCUCAAAUGUCCCGAAUCCGGUUUCAAUUGUCUUAUCAUCUGUACAGGGUUAAGUGUGUAGUUUGUGUUUUUUUUUUUUAAGACGAGCAUCAGGGGGCCGGCAUACCUCGCUGGCUCAAAGCGAUCGGCUCCCCUCGUACAGAUCUCCAUUAGUACGAUGCAGGGUCCAGCCUCCCGACUUAUCCAGCGGGCGGGCUGGUUGUGAGAUUUGAUACGGCCGCCUCAUCUAGCCUUUCGGACAACCAUAUGCCAGCGGCCAAACCGAGCUGGGCAAUCAAUCAAUCAAUCGUAUUUACUGAGCACUUACUGUGUGCAGAGCACUGUACUAAGCGCUUGGGAAGUACAGGGCAAAGCAGCUGAGAACCUGGGGGCUAGAAGGGACCUUUCUCCAUCCUGCCUAGGGGCAGGGCAACACUCAGAUUGACCCCGAAAGCAGUCUACCCUAUAAAUUUCCAGAUUAAACGCUAAUAAACCUGAUUCAGACACAAGUGUAAUGACUUUAGGAAAGACGAUCCACACACCAUCUCCCAACUGCAGGAAAGCUGCCCAUGAACUCGUAUCAAUGCAAGUCCAACAAUACUCAACACAUCCUCUACGAUCCAUGCUCUGCUUUGUGUUUCCAAAUGCCAUUAAGCAAUCGCAGUGGACCAUGGCCCAUCUUGCUCAAACUCCAAUCCGUUGGGAAUGAAGGCACCUGACUCCAUUUGUGUCUCUUUGCUUUGGGAAAGGUGGUGUCUCCAGUGAGAUGUUGCAAAAUGUGUGUUGUGCAAUUUUUAAGGAUGCCAAAAAAAAAAACCACAUAUGAUGUGCAAUAGGACAUUGUUGUAGUUCACUGCAGGGAAACCUUUAGUAGCAAUAAAAAUGUGGCUGUCUAAAAGCUAA